AUGGGAAAGCGAUCAGCAACUGCCCAGGGCUUGAGAAAACCCGUAACGUGUGGUGCAAUCCUGGGAGACCAGCGUGUGUACCUGCUUGUGGAGGGGAGAAAAGCCCUUGGUGUCCUUAAGGUUGGACGGAAGCGACUGUUUGUAGAGGCUCCCUUUAGAAGGAAUGACUUUGCAGAUGUUCGAAAUGCCUUCCAGGAGAUUGAGCCUUUGUGCGCUUUAGACUUCUACGUGCAUGAGAAGUGCCAGCGUGCUGGCUUCGGUCACCAUCUCUUCGAUGCCAUGAUUCAGCGUGAACGCAUCUUUCCAGAGCAGAUGGGAUAUGACCGACCGUCGCCCAAGCUCUUGGGGUUCUUGCAGAAGCACUACGGGCUCUGCAAGCACAAGCCCCAAAACAACAACUUCGUGGUCUUUGAUGCCUUUUGGGACAAUGGCUCCAAGCACGGGUCUGAUCGAGGUAGUCCCAUGAAUCUUCCUGGCACUUGCAG